AUGUCACCCAACAACAGCUUCGUCCUCUAUCACUACGAGCCCUCCCUACCAGCAGCAAUUGCCUUUUCGGUGUUGUUCAACAUCACAACACUGGCCCAUGUAUACCAGCGCGUCAAGUCCGGAUCCAAUUACAUGAACCCAUUCAUCGUGGGCGGAUUCUUCCAAGUCACCGGCUAUGGAUGCCGCGCAGCAUCCCACUUCCUUGGAACGUCCACCACGCUCUACGCCAUCCAGACCCUUCUGGUCCUGUUGGCACCAACGCUCUACGCAGCAUCGAUCUACAUGAUCCUGGGCCGGGUGAUCCGAUACCUCCAUGCAGAACGACUAAGUCCCGUGCCGGUGAAAUGGAUGACCAAGACUUUUGUGGCGGGCGAUAUCCUCUCGUUUAUCCUCCAGGGAGCCGGCGGCGGAGUCAUGUCCGCCGGCUCGGCAAAUUCCCAUGAUAUCGGCACGUAUAUCAUCCUCGCUGGUCUGGCUGUUCAGCUUCUGUUCUUUGGUGUUUUUGUUUUUGUGGCCUUUGUCUUCCACUUUCGGUUCUCCAGUUCCCAGGGUGCAGGUACUUCGGGGAAUGUGCCCUGGGUGAAGAGCUGGAACGGUCUUCUCUGGGUGCUGUACCUGGUUAGCGCGCUCAUUCUCAUCCGAAGUGCGUUUCGGAUGGUGGAGUUUGCGCAGGGGUUCGAUGGGUAUCUCAUCCGUCAUGAAAUCUUCAUGUAUGUUUUCGACACGGCGUUAAUGUUUGUUUUGAUGGUUGUGAUGAAUACGGUUCAUCCUUCUGGUGUUUCGAGUGCGGGAAAGGGUGAGCUGGUGGAAUGUGAGACUCUGAGGGCUCGGGGUAGCGACGCAGAAAGAGGGGUCUAG